CCGCCUGUUAGUGACCUAUGAUCUACAUGCAUUAAUAGAUGUAAACAAAACUCUUAUUUUGAAAAUACAGGACAGGAAACUUGAGGUGAAUCACCCGGAAGCACUUUUACAGAUUUCACCUUUCCUGUCAACCUGCAUGAACCAAACCUGGGACUUUAAAUGAAAAGUGAGCUUUCCUGUGAGUGUUUAAAUACUUUGAGCAUUUGAAGGUAUUUCUCUUUUGAAAAAGCAGGAAGCUCGACGUAUUUCCUGUUUGUUUCCCCGCUCGUUUACUGUCUCCACGCGUUCUAAACCAGGGGAUACAUUAGCAUUAGCACCUGAGCGCAGCACAAUGUCAACAGCACCGGAGGAACCGACAGGACGAGCCGCCGCCCCCGCGUCUCAGCCCGGCUCGAAGUUCAGGAGCUGCUGGAGCUGCCGGCUCGUCUCCGGAGGUGGUUUGAUCCUGGCCGGAGCUUAUGUGUUCAUGGAGGCCCGGAACGUGAUGCGACGAUGCGGAACCACCUCCAUGGGCACCGUGGCGCAGAUCACCUUCGCUGCAAGUUUGGCUGCGUGGGGCAUCGUCAUCAUCGCUGACCCGGUUGGAAAAGCGCAAAGAAAGGACGUGGGGACUCCGAGUACAUAAAUACAAGUAUUUACCAACAGAGACUGAAAAGAUGAUCAUGUGACACCGAGACAAAUAAGACACUGCUUCUGGAAAUGUGCAGAUAAGUGUGACGAGCUGGCUUUUGUUCCAAGGGCAUCCAGCAGGUUUGGAGUUUAUCAGCUGCCUAAAUUAAAAUGGGAAGAUGUCAUGUAUUUGACUAAAAUGUUGUUUUGAAAGUGUUUGUCGUCAUUGAAAUGUUUUGCACAUGCCUAAUGAAAGUGUGGCAGCUGUGCACCAGUAAUGGUUUGACGUGGAUCACUUUCCACAUCCUGCACUUUGGUUUAACGUAACUGAUGCUCCCUCUGUUUCAUUAAUGCAACACUAUGUAACUGUUACAGAGCAACAGCGCCCCCUGCAGCCACACAUGGUGAAUAAUUCGGUUCUAUCAGGGCUGUCUCUUUACAGUCUCCAAGCUCAUCAGGACAGUCGGAUGUAGUUUGCCCUCUGAUCCAGCAGAGGGCGAGCACUGUCUGCUUGACCCUUUCCCUGCCCUCUCGACCGAUCAGUAAAGUAAGCCUGUGAUAUGUACGAACAUGGAGGACGCUGGCAAGAUGUGGGAAUGAAAGCGGCAUCAUUCUUUCUCUUCAUAAUCAGUGUGCGAUCAAACUAACUAUGGAGCUGCUAUUUUAAGGUUAUCAGGUAAAAUAGUGUGGCUCUAAGUUUUGACAGUGAGCCUGCACACACGGUGUUAGUCCUGGCGCCAUAAAUGCAUCGGUCAAAGAUGCUAUAACUUGGACCUUUGGACAGAGUCCUGAAGCUCAAGGUUCUUCUCUGUCGGUAGUUUGUUUUUGCUGUGGCUGCUUGAAUCAUGUGAAUUUAUAUUGUUUCUAAAUAUUUGAAUAAAGAAACAUUUUCAGUCACA